GCUCGCCAAUCCCUCUUUUGCUUCCCUCUUUUCCAUUUCCCGUUCCUCUCUCCGCUCCCGCGCCCGCAAUCCCGUCCCUUGCCCUGCCUUGCCCUACCUCGUCUCGUCUCUACCUCUCUCUACGUACAGAGCUCUGCCUUUUUCAACUUCUAUCCACCAAAUUCACCAACCUACCUGCCCGUCCAGCCCGGCACUGACCUUCCAACUUGCCAGGCAAGACUCGUCUACGCGCGGUCGACAACCUCUCAGCUCCUACCUCUCGCCCCCCAACAUACUGCAACCUGCUCUGGAAUUGCUUCGGGUAGCCAUGCUUCGUUGAACGCGCAUCGAUUGUCUCUACCCCCCUACCUUUCUCUGCUACGCCUUGACCUCAUUUUUACGCGAUUCUGCGCACAUUUGACGCGUUCUUUUUGACCAAAAAACCUACCAUGGCCGCGGCACGACGAGCGCGUCUGCCUGUCGGCUCCGCGCCGUGGAUCUCGGAGGAGAGAUCCUCUGCUCUGCAGAUUGUGCAGUCAGAGGUCGACGAGUUCUCAUUCUCGGCUCGGAACGACUUCGACUGGCUCAACGAGCAUAUGGCUGAGGUAUUCAGCGAAAACCAGAUCAAUGUUGCCGAUGUCUUCAAAACCCCUGGCAAGUUACGAGGCAAGACGCCUCGAACUGCUCGGAAACUCAACGCGGGAGAUGCACGCGUCCCGCUCUCUGAUCUCUUCUCUGCUACGCCCAAGGGAGCACCGAAUCCCUUUGCGAUGCCUAGUAUUAAUCGACAUAACACGCCCAAGAUUGAGAUUGCUGCGGACCCCCAGCCGUCUUCUCCCAAACCGAUGGGCCCAGCAAGCUCCUCGAGACACGCAUCACCUGCUAAGCCCGUGCUCGCGGCCUCGAAGCCGCCAGUCUCCAUGGUGGAUUCUGGCUAUCAUGGAAGCCAAUCCCAGGACGCGAUGGACGUAGAUGAUGCUGCUCUCGUUGACGACGAAGCAACGCAGCCCUUUAGCCCACACACGGAUUUGCCGAGCGAUCAUGUUACGUUCCAAAUCUCCUCUGACCAUCACGAAUAUGAUAGUCCUACCCGUCACUCACCUAAUCCUGCUCCUGAUAUGACCACUGGCGAUCAUUCCACACAGUAUUUCACUGCUCACGUCGCGGCGGGAACAUCGCCUACCACCAGGAAUGGUCCGCCACAUGAGAGCACUACCCCUGCAGGCUCCCCUCUGCGAUCACCUAAACCUAGUCUAGAAAGCACGUCGCCCGUGAAGUCCUUGGAAGCCGAACAUACAUCGCCCGCUCCUGAGGACCAGAUAGCCGAGCCUGAAGAAAUGGAGAUAGUGCCUGAGGAACCAUCAAGGUCUCCGUCUGAUGGCUCAAGCCCGAUUCGACCCAUUGUGCGAAAGAGCAGCCUCAAUUUUGCAUCUCUACCCGCACGCGAGCCUAUUACCCAUAAGAGCAUAGGGAAUCGGGCAUCACGGACAAGUCACCUAGAACAGACCCGAACCAGCUACUACAGCAGACACACAGAGGGAAGAAGUCUAGGGAAUGCGAAGCACGAUCUUACAGACGACGAGAACGACGAUAUGGAUACAGAUGAGGAUCCCUUUGGUCAGGACCCUGAACUCCAGUCGCAGUCCGAUGCACUCGCACACAACAAAACCUACACCCAGCGUCUGCAAGACCAGAUCAGCAAACUGGGGCAAUUGCAACCGCAAGUCUCACGACCAUCAAAGUCAAUCCCGGAUGUCCUGACUGCCCAGCCCGCAGCACCGCAGUCUCAGGCGAGGCCAUUCCCUUCACCGCAGAAGACCACAACCCCAGGGGCAUUCCCAGAUGACGAAGAUGACUGGAUUCAACCUCUGGGGCCGCCUGAUGAUGCUUCCGACAUGCGAAGCCCCCGGCCAGCGCUGCCCAAGAGUCAUUCUGCCGACGUGAUGGAGGGUGUAUCUGGAAAAGAUACUAUUGGCGGCGGCGAUAUCAUGGUGCCUAAGGCUCGCCCGCGCACGAGCCGAUCCAGAUCUCCCGAGCGCGCCCCCAUGUCAGACAGGUCGGCUAACACGUUCAGCCACCACAAGUCUGCAUCGGUUCCUGUGUUACCUCUGAAAGGGUUGACGAACAGUGAAGGAGACAGUCUCAAGAAAACUAUUACGGUGUCCAACCCGGCUCUUGCUGCCGUUUCUAAGGCGGACCAACCCUCUACUCCUAUGAAGUCGCCGGCCCGUAGCCUCAGAGAUAGCCCGUUAAAGCAGGUGAAGAAUAAGUUGUCAUCGAUCCUCAAGAGUUCCAAGGGGCUGUUGGCCAGUAGUGCUGCCAUAAGUGCCGAAGGAAAAACCUCUCUCUUGUCCCCAUCGACUGCCAGACUAGGGUUGCACAGGGACCCCCCCACAGAUACAUUUGCAUCUCCUAAGAGUUCCCCCAAGAGCAAGGAGGCGCAUCCUUUAUAUCCGGAUCUGUCACGUCAUGCCGCCGACACGGAGGCUCCGGUGUGCGCGCCUAGCCCGACGCGCGCCGAAGGCAGAAAGACCAGGGCCUCAACCGAGCGCGAGAAAGCUGAGGAGAAGCGGAAGGAGAAAGAGGCUAAAGAGGCACGCCUGAUGGCUGAGCAGAUGGAGAAACUAGAAAAGGCCCGCGAGAAGGAGCGUGAGAAGGCUCGAGUGUUUAGCGAGGAACAAGAGAAGGCCGCCGCGAUGGAGAAGCAAGUUGCUGCACAAAGGGACCAGGAGAAGAGGAUGGCGGUACAAACCCCGGGGAAUACGAAGCCAACCCGAGUCAGUCCGCGGAGAAUCAAGAAACAGCCGACGGCAGAUAAGAGAACAGCGGCUACGGUCUAUUCAGACGAGACGCAGGCGGAUAUCGAUAUGACGGAUGCACCGAGUAUCAUGCCACCGCCAUCGGCCGCUCGUCCUCUCGCACCUGCUUCAGCCACCAAGGGCCGGGAGAUCAAGCGUCCCAUUCGACCGGCCAAGGAGCCGGUAGCCAAACCGAAGCAGGCACCCACCGUCAUUCGAGUCAACACGGGAUCGCAGCAUCCUCAAUUCCACCCUUCUAACAGCACUCUCUCGUCGAACCUCCAUGAGACGCUUUCCCAGCCUCAACCCAAAGGCAAGGCUAGCCAGCCGGCAUUGCAAACGAAGCCCUCGCUUCAGAGCCUCAAGAGCUCUACAUCAUCGUUAGGGAGGCCGAAAGCGCUCGAUGCUGCAGCUCGAAGAAAGGAGCAGGAAGAGCGCGAGGCGCAACGCAAGCGUGAUGCCAAGGCAGAGUUAGAGCGGAAGAGGACAGCCAUGCAGGAAGAAGAGAGACGCCAAGAGCAGCAGCGGAAGGCGGAGGCUGAGAGACAGAAAGAGGAAGAGCGGAAGCAAGCAGAUGCGAAGAAGAACGCACAACGGCAGGCAAUGCUGGAGAAAGCGAAGCAAACGAGAGCGCCUCCGCCAGCCGUGCGGAGCCAACCGAACGGGCCACCCGACUACAGUCGGUCUGAAAUCGGUGCUCCUCGACCGCCCUCUCGUUUGACUACUCAGCGCCCUCAGGAGGACACCGGGCGCCCGGUCAACGCUGUGCUGUCGACCGCCUCCAAGGCGAACACAAAACGACCUCUUCAGCAGGAACCCAACGACGAUAAUGCCUCAUAUCAAGCUACCGCUCGUGGUGCUAACGGCUAUCAGCCGAAGGAUCCGAAGCGAAUGCGUAUGUCAGAUGAGAUGGACGACGGCAUGGAAGUAGAAAAACAGCCAAACCUGAAGGGAGCACCCGUCCGACCGUCGGGUGGCUACAAAAAGGAUAUGCCGGUCAAGUCGCUUUUCCCUUCGGGAUACGCCAGUGCUUCUUUGAAUAAUAACAGAGACCUGUUUAAGGCUACCGUGACCAGCCAGCACAACAGCCAACUCAAGACAGCUCACCCACUAGACAUGACUCAGGUCUCCAAGGCACCCAUCCCCUUCGCUCCCAACCCGAGCACCGCCGGAUCGUCGUACAAGACGCCCGCUCGGCCUCAAGGAGGGGCAGUUGCCAAGUCCACCGUCAAGUCGGCGACUCGAUCGUCGCCGCGAUUCCAGAAUGGCGACUCGAUCGAGUUGCCGGAGAUCAACACGGACGACGACGACGACGAUGACGACGACGAUGACGGGGUCAGAGAUGCGAUCGCCUCUUGGGCCGACUCGCCAAACCUUAGGAAGGCACUCGUCAGGCAGGAAACUCAGGAUCCCAUGCAAGUGUUCGGGGUACCGGCGCCGCUGAACAUGGAGGAAGUGUUCGCCAAGAGCAAGGACCGGUUCCACAAGUUCCGUGCUAGGACUUCGAGCGCGAACUGGAGUGGUUCGGAUAGGCUGACGGAGGAGGAUAUCCGCAAGGACAUGGCCGCCAGAGACCAGAUCAGGCGGGACGGCGGCUGGUCCUACCAAACGGUUAUAGAUUAUGAGCGUAGCGCGAGGAGGGAGUGAUGGCGGCGUCGAGAUUCGAGGCCCGGGGGGGGAGGGGUUGGAAGAUGGACCGGCGAGAAAAGCUGGUGGGUAACGGGGUCGGGGACCGGCUACAGCAAUUGUUGCAUCAGACAGGUGUUUUUGGUUUCGUCUGGGCCAGGACGCAGGCGGGCGCAGCUACGAGGGAGUUAUACGGAGUUUUGUAGUACUACGGCGUGUCAUCAUUACCUAUUACCUAUCAGCAUACAAGGCGACAUAAAAUGGGAGAGGUGUAUUAGGGCUCUGGCGAAAUACAGGCAGGCCUCGACCGAGACCGUUCAGAGGUAGUCGACGACUCGCAAGGUGUGACGGCAGUGCUCGGUUCCAUCUGUCUGGUGAC